AGCGAAGGGAGCCCUAAUGGCGGAGACUGUUCGCUCGCCUUUCGACUACCGGGAGCCGCCGACCCUCGACAGCGACGGGGAUGGGAGCAAGCCGCCGCCGCCGCGGGGCCGCGUGUGUGGGAGAAAAAGGAAGGGGACACCUGUGAAGGUGUGCGACCGAGCGUAUGUAACAGAAGAUGAGGAGGAGGAGAGCAUGUCAGAACACAGCUACAGCCCUGGUGAGGGCCAGUACCCAGAGGGGGCAGAGGACCGGCUCCCUCCACCUGGCAGCCCCUACUACCUGCCCGAUCCCGCUCAGCUCUGUGUGCCAGAGUUGGGAGAAGAAGGGGCGAGUGGGGUUCGGGGGCCCGUGCUCUUCCAUCCGCCGCCAAACUGCCGCAUCCGAGAGGUCCACUGUGGGACGCAGGUGCGGUUGGUCGUCAUAGCGAUCCGCGACAUCGCCAAAGGGGAGGAGAUCACCGUAGACUACAGCCUGACCGACUGGGGAGAGAACGCAAUGGAGGAUGAGGCUGGCCCCCACCCACUGUCCCUCUCUGUUUCCGAUUACCUUACCCCCUCCUGGUCAUUAUCACCCUCAUCCUCCCCACUCACCCACUCUGAACCCAGCGACUCAGAUCGCGAGGAGGACGAAGAGGAGGAAGACGACGAUGACGACGAUGACGAUGAGGAAGAGGAAAUCGAAGAAAUACGGGGCCGAAUGCUGCGCCGCCGCAAGAAGCGCAAGCUGCCAGAUGCUGUGGAAUCCAAGAAGAAGGACUCACCCACCUCCUCCAGAGGACCUGGGCGCCCGUGCUCUUCCUUUUCCCGCCCAGCACCUGUCACACCGCCGGUCAGAUCCCAGUCCCAGUCACCAGCCAGCACCCUGGCUCCCCCGACCACCAACAUCAACAAUAACAUCAACAUUAACAUUGGCAGCUCCAGCGGUGCCACAGUGAGCCGGCGGCAGCACUGCCCGUACUGCGGGCGCCACUAUCGCUCAUUAGCACGCCACCUGGAGAAACACCAUGCCAACCAGCCUGAGGUCAGAACGGCCAUGGAGCUGGCCCACCUUCACAGCUCUUCAAACGGCAGCGCCUCGCACCCUCAACCCUCGUCGUCCUCCACCUCUGCUACUCACAGUCAUUCCUUUGCUGUCCCUCAGCCUUCGGGCUCGAACCCUGCGCCGCCCUCUCUCUUCUCCAGGGAGAGGGAAUCGCCAGCUACUCGCUCGAGCACAGGCGCCGUCUCCUUCUCCCUCUCGCUUACCCCGCCUCCCUCGGGUCAGCCCACAGCCGCCAAAAAGGGGCCAAGCUGCUCAGCACCUGCAGCAAAACGCGCUGCGCCCCCUAUGGUGACCCGGGUUAAGAGUCCAUCGCCGCCGCCUCCUCCGCCUACUCCCAGGAGGGGUCGGAGAAUGAAGAAAGAAAAGCAGGAGGAGCAGCAGAAGGUGGAGGUGGAGAGCGCAAGAAUUCAAGAGGAGCUUGUUCCACCUCCCACUCCAGAGCCUGACAUAGAUCCAGAGGAAGAACUGGAGCUGAGUGCAGAAGGUGAAGAUGAACCUGCAGAAGAGAAGAAUGGAGAGAUUAUAAGCACACAAAGACAUCACAUGUCUCCGCUGCUCUCCUCCCUCUCUUGUCUGGUCCUGUACGUCCGCCGCCAGCAGCACACCUCCUUCCUUUCUUUAACCCGCUCUCCUAACUCCGCCGAGGCCUGGCGCCUGCUCUGCCAUUCCAGCCUGUCCCUGCUCAUCCUCUACAACCGCCACCGCGAAUGUGAGGUGGCUAAACUCACUAUACAGGACUACCGCAGCCGCGUCACCCCACCGGCCAGCACCAUCACCAGCCCCCCCUCCGGCACGGAAGCCCUCUUGUCCCCCUUUGAACGCCAGGUCCUCUCUCUACUCCCGCGGGCCAGCGUUUUAGGCAAGCGCGGUCGCGUCCAGCCGCUUAUUCUCCCGCCACACUGUGAGUCCUGCCUGGACCUGCUGCUUCAAACCAGCCCCAAUGUAGGUGUGGACCCAGAGAGCCCCUACGUCUUCUCCCGGCCGUACCACUCUCCUGCCACCCCUCUCCGGGGCACGGACCUCCUGAGGAACCUGGCUCGAGCCAGCGGGGCCAAGAACCCCGGAACGCUGACGGCAACAAGAGCACGGCGGCAGGUAGCUAUCCUUACCCAGCUGCUACUGUUGGAGGAGGGUGAGGGCCAGGCUGGAGCAACCAAACGCUUGGAGGACUUCCUGGAGAGAGAGUACCACGUGACCCAGAACUGCUCCUCUAUCAUUCGUGAUCCGUCUCUCAUGGGCCGGGUGGGUCGUGUUGUUCUUUAUGGAGAGAGGGAAGGUGUUCUUUUCAGAGGGAUGAGUCUGCAGCACAUCUGCCUUGAGUUGGAUGUGAUGUCUGGGAACUCAGCAGACUCCUUUUCCGAGGAUUCUGAGGCAGAAGAAGAGAAGGAGGAAGUGAAGGAGAAGGUUGAGGUACCGGUGAAGAAGAAAGGCCCCGGUCGACCGCCGCGGAAGAAGAGGGCGCCCAUUCCUUCUCCAGUUAACCCAUCGGUAGCCAACGUCCAUAAGAGGCGAUGUAUUCCCCCCAAAUCAGGCAAGCGUGGUGUACUGAAGCGUCCCUGGUCGGAGGCCGAGCGUGUAGCAGUGGAGACUCACCUGAAGCGAAACCUCAUGGAGCUGCGCGUCCCCGCGAAGGCGGACUGUGAGCGCUGCCUCGAACUCUGUCCUCUGCUGGUGAGCAACCAGCGAGACUGGAGGGCAAUCAAGUUUUACGUCCACAACCGCAUCCAGCUGCUGAAGAAGCAGGGGAGGAGGGAAAGCGCCGCCGCAGUUUGCUAGAGAAAAAAACAAUUUAAAAAAAAGAUGCGGCAGAGGGACACGUACCAUACUGUAUAAACCACCAGCAAUCACAUGAAGAUAUAAACUCUUGGCUGUGUUGGAGAGCAGCUUUCCCCCGUCUCAUCACCCUGGUCAUAAGGGAGAAGUGUAAUAAAAGUGACUAAGCUAAGAAACGGAUGCUGUCGCUCCAGUUAAGGAUCGUUCGUUCUCAGUGUUGGGAUCCCCAGUGUCUGUUUCCGAGAUGUGUUUUUAAGUGGUUGGACAAGAUGUUCUUGUAAGUGUGUGAAUAUGAGUUCAGACACAGUGAAUGCAUUUUUUUUUUUUACGAUCUGUUUUUUAUGUCAUUUUUACUAGCUAGUUGACAGUGGAGUGGUGGCAGUUAUGAGAUAUGAAGGAGAGAAGGUGUCUGCAGUGAUCAGGUGUGCGCUUUAGACCCCUAGACCACCGGGACACGCCACAAAAGACAAGCUUCUGUCCCACAUUUUCCUCCACAGAACGCUGAUGACCAAACAUGACUUUUAAAGCUUUGGAAGAAGACACCAAUGGUUCUGAUGGUUAAAAAAACCACAGAAACACUACGUCUUUGGGACUGAGACGUGUAUGAACUUGUAUAGUUUGUUUGAUAUCGACCCGCAACACCCAACAGACAAGUGUUUUAAAGAAGUAUUCCUUAAAAGUCUUGGACUAUGAUGCACUGGUCUGUGUAUCCGUUCUUGCAUACCUCUUAUCAUGAUCAUCGUCAGACUAGUAUGUAUCGAGGCACGCCUACUUGAAUUCAUUGCGAUAUAUGAGAAGAAUAUCCAAACAAAUUUUAUUUCUAAAUCAACACAUGGUCGCAUUCACAAUGUAAAUACUUCUUAAUCUAUGAAAAGUAUACAGUAGUGAUGACAAAGUUAGUAUUGUGUUAUGGUGUACAUACUGUAAAUACUAUCUGUACUUAUUAAAGUGUAUGACAUUUA